AUGUCGUCUAUCACUACUACCGAGGAGUCCUUGCAGGGUGGCGCUGUGAAGUCUCUGUCCCACGACAAGACUUCACCCUCACCUCUCGAGUUAUAUGGUCUCCCCUACUGGGGCAAUGAGAAUGGACAAAAGAUGCCCCCUCUCGAGCUCUUUGAGCACUAUGAGCACGGCAAGGAUGCGGAUCCCGAGUUUGGAUCCCUCCUAAAAGAGGGCGUCAAGAUUUCCGACAUCACCAAGUCGAUCGGUGCUGAGGUCACUGGUGUUCAGCUCUCUCAGCUGGAUAACAAGGCAAAGGACGAACUGGCACUCCUUGUGGCACAGAAGAAGGUUGUCGUCUUCCACGAUCAGGACUUCAACACUAUCCCGAUCCAGCAGGCUGUAGACUUUGCGAGCUACUUUGGCAAGCUACAUGUCCAUCCCGUCAGCGGCGCUGUUCCCGGGUUCCCUCAGUUGCACAUGGUCCACCGCGGCCUCGAUGAUGUAGGCCAUGACAAGUUUCUCGAGACUAGGACUACGUCGGUCUCGUGGCACAGCGAUGUGAGCUACGAGUUGCAGCCUCCGGGAACCACAUUCUUAUUCGCCAUCGACGUGCCCGAGGCCGGAGGAGACACUCUGUUCGUCAACCAGGUUAAGGCUUAUGAGCGACUAUCUCCUGCAUUCCGACAGCGAUUGGAAGGGCUCAAGGUCGUGCACUCUGCUCAUGAGCAGGCUCGAGCUGCACUUGAGAAUGGUGGACAAUUGAGGAGAGAACCAAUUACUUCUGUGCACCCUCUUGUUCGAACACAUCCGGCGACGGGUGAGAAGGCGCUUUACAUCCAGCCUCAGUUUGCCCGCUCAAUUGUGGGAUACAAGAAAGAAGAGAGCGAUGCCCUGCUCAACUUUCUUUACCACCAUAUCGCCUUCAGUCAAGAUCUUCAGUGCCGGGUUAAAUGGAACCCUCGCUCGGUUGUCGUGUGGGAUAAUAGAGUCACGGCUCACUCAGGCUUAGUGGAUUGGGAGGGACCUCGCUUUAGGUAUAUUGCCCGUCUAGCAGCACAAGCUGAGGUGCCCACGGAAUAA